UUCUUCUAUGAAAAUUAAUACACACAAUUUUUCAGAAAUACAGUGUUUCAUUGGAUGACAAAUAAAGUUGGACACUUAUUAGAAAUAUGGUUGAUAAAUAUAAAACAAUUAAUGUAUCCAGUCUUAUAGUUAUAACUUCGUACAUGUCUUUAUUAAUUGUUAAAAUGUUGACAUAUAUUACAGGUUUGCUGAUAUGCACAAUUAUAUAAAGCCGAAUGAUGACAGAGCGUUAGAUUUGAUGUCUAAAGCAGCUGAGACUGUUAUGGAAGAAUUUAAAGACAUUGUGUUAGCCUAUGGUCAAAGUGAUGAAUAUAGCUUUGUGUUUAAAAAAACAACAAAUGUCUACAAUAGACGGGCCAGUAAGUUAGCAACAAAUGUAGUGAGUCUGUUUGCGUCAUCGUUUGUGUAUUUCUGGCCGAGAUAUUUUGGGACAACAAUGAUGCAAUAUCCUCCAGCGUUUGACUCACGAACUGUUCUAUAUCCAAGUGAUAAAAAUCUCCGUGACUAUCUUAGCUGGAGACAAGCAGAUUGUCACAUAAAUAAUUUGUAUAACACAUGUUUUUGGAAGUUGAUACAAGAGAAGGGGCUGACACCUGCAGAGUCACAGGAGAGGUUAAAG